ACAUUUGUCGCAUCCACAACAGCAGCGGCAGCAGCAGCGCCAUCCAACUCACACACCACGGCGCGCGAUAGAGUGACUCUACUAACCUCACCCCUGAAAACAGCCGCCCCAAAUUUUACUUACCACUCUCUAGCAAACAGCAACAACGUCGCAGCUCACAAUAUACGCCUUUGUUGUUUGUGUUAAGUGUCGUCAUCGAUUUGAUUAACAAAAAAAAAAAAAAAACUGAGUCAGUGUUUCUGGUUAUUUGGAAUUAAAAAGUUUUUGUGUUAAAAAGUAAAAAACCUUCCUUAUGAUCGGAUCAUUUUGGAAUUUGUGUAGAGCGUGCCCAUCAAUGCCGGUCGACAAGCAGCUCCAUUCGGAGUAUCGGAGCACUUAUCGCUGGCAUGAGUUCACUGGCAAUUCGCGGCCUGAAGUGGUGCGUCGUGCACCAGCGCCCAAUCCCAGUCAAUUUAUCGCUUCAUUAACAGGUCCAACGAAUGAGCCACCGUUACCUAGGCGGAAAAAAUGUCCCGAAUUGGCAUACAAGUCGCACGAGUUCAUUAUUGGUUCGGAGUAUACAGAUGCGAGAGGUGGACAUGCCAAUCGGUUAGCAAGGUCUGAAGAACGUGGUGGUACACCAUCACGCCGGAGCAAAUCUGAGGGACCGCCAGUUGUGCCCAAUGGACGUGCAUAUGCCAUACCGGAGGAAGUUGAUGGAACGGCUAAAAAACAGGCGGGUGAGUCAAAUGGCCUAUUCAAAAAGACCAUCUCAAAAUUGAGCACAGAAUAUCGUUUGCAAUUCGUUUGGCCCAAUGUCCGACGACAAAAGGGCAUUGAGGCCGGCGAUGCGGCGGAUCACCCCAGAAAAUCAAUAUCAAUGGGGGCGCUCAAAGCUAGCCAACAACAACAGCAACAGCAGCAACAACUGCAUCUAAGGCAACACCCACAGGCGGCAAUGCCAACGGUUCAUAAAAAACGUACAACAAAUCAGAAAGAAGCUACACUACAUGAGUUGGAGCCGCUGGUUAGCGAUGCCGAAGAAAGCAAACCACAUGAAAAACAAGUGACCAUUGUGGAGAAGGUCGAACGAAAAACGACUAUACGGCCAUUCUCGCAAGCAUUCGAUCAGGAACGCGCCAAUCACUUUAUCACCAAGAAGGAGAAUUUCGGCUUCGAAGAGGUCAAGGGCAAGGGCGAUGGUGUGGACAAUAAGCAACAGGAGCAGGAGGUGCUGUUAAAUGGCACUGCACCGCCACGUUCGCAACCGAAUCUGGAUUUGUGGUUCAAGGAAGUCGUUGAGCUGCGAAAGAAAGCGGGCGAAUACAAAUGCCGUGGUUGGGGUAGAGAAAUCGAUCCAGAACUAUACAAAAAGCAGAAGGAUCUUUGGGAACAGGUUUCCAAGCGCAGUUCGCUGUCCGCCUUAUCGUUAGCAUCUUCCGUGCAUAGACCUAUUACUAAAGAAGAAAAGGAACAGGAGAAUAAUAAAAAAUCCAUACCAAUAAGUAAAGCCACACAAAAAUCCCGAGUUCCUGGCCAUGCCCAUAUGAUUGAUAAUAAAGAUGAGAUUUCCGCACUGCCAGCUCGUUUUAGCAAUAUACGCCAUCAUUUGGAACGCACCACUGGUCCUGAUGUUGAGGAAGGUGCACUCUUGCCAUCGCCUACACGCGAGAAAUUGAUGCCGGCUAUCACCAAACGUGAGUCAGAAUCACAACGUGGCAGCCCAAAGAAAACAGCUGCCUCUCGCCAUGGUUCACCACAGAAGGGUAGUCCACAAAAAGGCAGCCCCAAGAAGGUGAUCAAAACGCGUUCACAAUCCGUUGGUCCGGCUGAGCAUGUCUCACCGAAACGUCAACUGCGCUCUGCCAGUACAGCGCCCAGCGCACGGCUAACAGCCGGCAAGAAGACGCCCACAGUACCUCAUCACGCGACAUCGGCAGCAACGGCAGGCAGUGGAACAGUCGAACGUAAGGCACGCCCAUCCACCUUAUCCACCACAUUCCACUCCCGUACGAAAAGUAGUUCCCUACCACCUCCUAGCGGCAGAGCUCAAUCAGUAUCUGCUACUGCAGCUACCACUACUACUACAACUACCACAACAGCCUCAAAACAGCAGCAGUCAAAUCGUCUGCAUCAAUCAACCAAAGCAGCUUAUGAACCACAAGCGUUUCAGAAAUCCGGUCAGUUGUGCAAAAACUAUACACAAACCGCCUACGGAAUGCCGCUGUUGCGUAAGAAGGAUAAAGACAAGACGAAUAUGAUAAGUGUCGUAGGCGGCAAGGCGGCAGGCGAGAGCAGAAUGGUUAAACCGCGGCCAAAAUCCACUGGCGCUGCGUUAAAUGUGACAACAACCAGCGCAGUGAAACCAGCUAGGCCAGUUUCAGCCACGGAGACCAUAUUGACGGCGCCAAAUGCAGCAGUGACAGCAAAGUUGACAGCUCAACAAAUCGCCACCGACGUAAAGAAGACACCAGUAACAAACGCAAAGAAAGAAAACGAUGUAAAAGUUGAAGACACAAAGCAAGCUGCAGCCGCAACCACAACCGCGGCAGUUGCAGCUGCAGCACAAACGGUUACCGCUCAGGCUAAAGACAAAGCAACACCUGCAGAAAUAGUGCCGUCAAUAAAGCCCAAGGUGACCGAAGAAUUGCCAUUUAAAUCAGUCGAUCCCAUGAUGGCUAGCAUAUUUGGUGGGCAGAUAGCCGGCGACAAAGAUGGCAGUGGUGCUAGAAGCGCUGAUCUCAUGACCGCAAGCAUUUUCGGACAACUACCUGGUGGAAAAGCCGCUGAUCCCAUGAUGACGAGUGUUUUCGGCCAAUUGCCCAGUAGCGGCAGAGACGACAACGCAACUUUAGCACAUGGCCGCAAUGUCGGUGCGAUUGCUGGUGGUGGUAGUGGCAGCAGUGGUGGUAAUGUUGGUGGUUUUGUUGGCAUUGUUGGUGGUGCUGGUGGCCACCAGAGUGGUGCUAGAGGUGGCGGCGGCCAUGAUGAUGAUGUCGCAGCGGUGAUAGCCGUUGAGCCAACAAUGGCUAAAAAUCUCACAUUGACUGGCUUAACGGUACCAUAUACGCGGGAUAUUAAGAAAUUGGGCGAAAACGAUGCUGAAGAUGGUCGCGAGACCGCCAUUUCCGUGUCAAGUUGCAGCCCUCAACCAGCGCCCGAAAUACCCGAUGAGCCAAUUGUCAAAUCGCCACCAGAGCCUACACGCGUCAAAUCGCCAGAGCAAAUUUUGAUGCGCUCACCGGAUCCAGUCAAUUGGACUGUGCCAUUGGAUACAGGGAAAACAUUCACUGUCACACAAAAUGUCAAAGAGGGUGAAAACUAUAGCCGGCCACAGAGCGAGAUAAAGGCUUCGACUCCGGUCGAGAAGCCACCACCACCACCACAAUCGGCACCGCCACAACUAACCGAACAGGCUAAAAUGGACGCCUGGAAGCAUGCCGAACCGAAGAAGGGCACCACCACAAGUCCAACCGGUGCCGUUGGUGUUGGACGCUCAAUUGUCGCCACGCAGCCAACUGCUGGCGCUGGUGGUCUGCCAUCACCACCGCCGCCACCACCACCAACCGGCAAGCCAGUGCCCGGUUCAACACUACGCUGCCUCGAUGAUCCCAUCUUUGAUGUGGACAUCGCCGCCCAUUUGGGUGGUGGUGGUGGUGUUGGAGGUGUUGGUAUUGGUGUCAGCGCUGGUGGCGGUGGCAACACUUCGUCGUCGUCCACGUCGACCACCACGGCGGUGACAGCACGCACCACAGCGCAAGAUGUGCUAGAAAAGGCUCGUGACCGUUUCGAUCGCUUCUGGGGUGGCAGCAAGGAGGAGCAGGUUUAAGUUCACGAUGCCGAUUAAAGCAAAAGAACAAAACAGAAUAUAAAACAAAGAAGUUUGGAACGUAUAUGAUGUUAUUGUUGAGGAUGGUGAUGAUGAUGAUGGUGAUGAUGAUGAUGAUGAUGAUGAUGAUGAGGAGAGAAGUGAUAGCGAAGUCAUUUAUAAUCCACACAGUUGAUGGUUGACAGCAUACGAAGUGGAGAUUUUGAAGUUCAGCGAAGUUUACAUUGAGAUUUUUAUACUCAUUGAUUGUAAAAGCAAGAUUUUAGUCAAAUUCAUUGAAGAACUAUUAUAUCUAUAAGAUUAAAAUUAAAUACUAAUUAUUAUUAAUGAGAAAGUGUAACACAAAAAAUUAAAGCUUAAAGUGUAUUUGGAAAAAAGUAAAAAUACUAAUAAUAAAGCUAACACAAAUAAACCAUCACUAGCAGAACAAAGUCAAAGAUAACGCAAAUCUGCAUUUUAAAGCAAAACUAAAAAAAUUGACAAAACACUAAUGCGAAAUUCACAAAAUUAAAUACUUAAGCGCGAAGUUCUUGUAUAAGAUUCAUAGCAAUAAAAAUGCAAAGGCAUACUGCUGUCGUCAUAUUACAAAUGUGUAUUGUAACACACACACACACACACACACACAAAGGUACACUUAGUCCCAUAACAGCGUAAUUUACAUAAAUACAAACAUUUUUGCUGGUAAAUAUUGCGCUCUUCAAAUAGCUAGUAAUACUCAAGAGCUUGUAAGCCAAGAAAAAUUGAAGGAAGUAAAAACGAAACGUUUAACUAAAUUUUCUACACAGGGUAGCCGAAUUCCUAUGCACAGUUUUUUGCUAAUAAAAACCAAAGGACUAUUUGGCCUUAAUGUGUGCAUCUGUGAGAAUAUCGAGGAGCAAUCGAUACCCAUUUAAAAAAAAAAUUACGCCAAUUGAGUUUUUAAAUAUGUGAAGUAUUGUGUAUGCGAAGCCGCGAAUUGUGUUAAAAAAUGUUCUUGCUCUGUUAUAUCUAAUGCAGGCCAUUUGAUGCAUACAAGGGAAAAGCAAAAAGAAAUUAUAAUUCUUGUUUUUAUCAUCAAAAUCCAGGACUUACAAGGAAAUUCUUGCCAAGAUAGCUGCAAGUAUUUUGUAAGACAAUUGAAAGACAGGAGCAAGUUAGUUUGAAAGAUUUUGUUUAUUCUGAGAUGCAAGUCUAAAAAAGCUCCCUAGCUAAAUUUUAUUGGUGAAAAGCUCUUUUGACAGAAGGCACUUGUACAUGCAUAUGUAUAUCAAAGUACUGACGUGUAAUUCGAGUGACACAAACCUCGAGCUCUCGCACACCGAAUUUUCUUCUUCUUUUAAUUUAAUUUUUCUUUAAGUUUUAAAUUAUUUAAUUUUAAAAAGAAGAACAUAUUUUUUUAUUUCACUUUUGGGAACUUAUUUUAAUUAUUUGUUUUCUUUUAAUUUUUACUAUAAUUCUAUUUCAAUUUCUAGAAUUUGUUUUGAAAUUUGUUUGAGAUUUGUGCUUGGUAUCGGUAUGGGUGAAAUUUACGUUAACCCAGCAGAAAAUUUGUAACUGCUUUUUGCGUGGUGCAGCAAAAAAUCUGCAUAUUAUGUGUAUGGUGUUGCCCUUGAAGCAGUUGUCUGCUAGCGAAAGGAAAAAAAACUGCGUUCGUUUGGGGCUAUUUAUCGACGUCUGAAUAAUCGUUGACCUUGCGGACGCAAGUUUAUAAGCUUGAUCAUGAUCUAAUGAUCGGAUCUAAACAAAAUUAGUAUGGGACCAUCUCUGAGGUACCGCCCUUCCUCUAAAAAAGAAAUAUAGAAGUCGGUUGACCGGGUCCAGAAUUAUGCGGUAACAUAUAUAAAAAAAACUAAAAUAUUCCAACAAAUUGAUAACCUCGUCCUUUUGUUGAAGUCGGCUAAAAAAA